UUUUAAGCUAUAUUUUAUUGAUCAUCAUAAAAUAAUUGUUGAAGUUAAUAUUGUAUAAAAUAUAUCUUAUUUAUGUGUCAAAAUGUACUAGGGAAGACGAAUUAGUAAUAUAAAUAAUAUUAAACUCGUUACGAAAUUAUAUUAUAUCAACAAUUCAAGAGUGAUAGUAUACCCAGGUCCCAGAUGUAACCAAUAUUAAUAACAAUGUUAAUAAAAAUUCCGAAGUUAUCCAGAGCACCGACAUUAUUGCAUUUCUUAUUUAGGUAUAAAUGUAGUCUUGGAUUAUGGGAUCAAAACAUUUCUACUGAUAUUAAAUUAAAAGUUGAGAAACAUUGGUGUGAUGAAGUCCUCGAAAAUAAUCAUGAAAAUGGUGAAAAGGUUUAUAUAUUACCAAUGUUUCCUUACCCUUCAGGAAAUUUGCAUAUGGGCCAUGUGAGGGUGUACACAAUAUCAGAUACACUUGCUCGUUUUUAUAAACUCAAUGGAAAAAAUGUUAUACAUCCCAUUGGUUGGGAUGCUUUUGGUUUGCCAGCUGAAAAUGCUGCCAUUGAAAGAAAUAUUCCGCCCCAUAAAUGGACAGAAUCUAAUAUAAGUACUAUGAAAAAACAGCUCACCGAGCUAUCAUAUAAUUUUGAUUGGCACAGAGAAUUAUCCACAAGUGAUCCAAAGUAUUACAAAUGGACUCAAUAUAUAUUUUUAAAAUUACAUGAACAUGGCUUAGCCUAUCAAAGCAAGGCAAAUGUAAACUGGGAUCCAAUAGACAAGACAGUCUUAGCCGAUGAACAAGUAGAUGAAAAUGGAUGCUCUUGGAGAUCAGGUGCUAAAGUUGAAAAAAGAGUUUUAACCCAAUGGUUUAUAAAAACAACCAAAUUCGCCAAAGAUUUGUAUGAUGGCUUAAGUAGCAAUUACUUAGAGAAUUGGAGAGAUAUUAUCAAUUUACAAAAACACUGGAUUGGUGAAUGUAAUGGAGUGAUAGUCACAUUUGAUAUUACACUAGGUGACAAAAUAAAAAAGUUUGAUGUUUGGUCUGCAGAACCUUAUAAAUUUAUACAUGGUGAAUGUUUGUGUAUUAGUAAAAAUAACUUAAUAUUUGAAGAUUUAUCUGAACAUGAAAUAAAGUCACUUAAAUGCUUAAAUCCAAUUACUGGAUUAGAAGUCAAUAUUUAUGCUACUGAUGACAUUGUAUACCCGGAAGGUAGAGAUACAUAUUUAGUUUGUUCGUUAGACCCAAAGGAUAAAUAUAUCAUAGAAAAUCUAAAUAUUUGCCCAAACAAAUGCACAAAGAAUUUGUUACUUGACAAAGAAAAUGAAAAGGCAGUAAAAAUUGCUGUGAAUAAAAACUGUGGGGGCUACUUUGUAAGUUCAAAACUAAAAGAUUGGUUAAUAUCACGUCAGAGAUAUUGGGGCACUCCUAUACCAAUUAUUCAUUGCUCGAAAUGUGGUACCGUUCCUGUACCUUACAAAGAUCUUCCAAUAGAAUUACCACUUGAAAAUUCUAAUGACCACAACAUUCCAACACUGUCUAAUUUAGAUAGCUGGAGAAAUUGUGAAUGUCCUCAGUGUGGAGGUAAGGCUGCAAGAGAAACAGAUACAAUGGAUACAUUCGUUGAUUCAUCUUGGUACUACUACAGGUUUUUGGAUCCCCAUAAUAAUGAAGUGCCAUUUGAAAAAUCAAAACUAAUUGGCACAACACCGGUGAGUUGUUAUAUUGGUGGCAAAGAACAUGCAGUGCUUCACUUAUACUAUGCUAGAUUUAUGAGUCACUUUUUACAUUCUCUUGGAUGGACACCAAACAAAGAACCUUUUAAAAGACUACUAGUUCAAGGUAUGGUUAUGGGACAAUCAUACAAAAUCAAAUCAUCGGGGAAAUACAUACCACCGGAGAAUGUCGAAAAAGUUGGUAAUAAUUACAAAGAAAAAGGUUCAGAUGUACCUGUUGUAGUGCAAUGGGAAAAAAUGAGUAAAUCAAAAUACAAUGGUGAAAAUCCUCAAAGAUUGCUUACAUCUUAUGGCUGUGAUACAACAAGGCUUUUAAUACUGGCAGAUGUUCCGCCAGCCACAACAAGACGCUGGUCAGACACAACAUUACCAGGAGUUCUGAACUUCCAACACCGACUUUGGUUAACUAUAAGAGAAUUCUUAACAUUUAGGCGAAAAUCGGAACUAAUACAAAGAAAUAUAACGCCAAGUGAAAAAUAUAUUGAAUAUGAGAGAUUGUUAAGAGAUGCAAGAAACUUUUUUACAGCAACCACAACUUAUCAUUUCAAAUACACUCAAAAGUUAAGUGUGGGAAUAUCUCAAUUACAAAGUUUGACAAAUAAUUUGAGGAAUAAUGUCCCAGCUGAAGUAAUAGCCAAUAGUAAAGAAUACGAACUGGCACUAGCACAUUUAAUAAUAAUGUUGUCACCAGUUACACCACAUUUCUGUUCAGAACUCUGGGCAGGUUUUGUUUCUGCUCCGGAGAGAGUAACCAAAGACACAAUUUUAUGGCAUAAUAACGUUUUAGAACAAGAUUGGCCUGUAGUUGACCGUGAUUAUGGAUUAUCAUUUCAAUGUAAAGUUGAUGGAGUAGACAGGUGUGAUCUUAAAGUAGUUGCAACAGAUCUACCUAACUUAACUGAAGAGAAAGCCGUAGAACUGGCGUUAAGUCAGGAAUCUGUUAAAAAACGUGUGAGCAGAGGAAUACUUCGUAUAAAAUAUGAACUAUACCCGGACACUCGAGCAAUAUUGCACAUAACUACAAAGCAAAAAGUUGUCAAAGCCGAGCAAGAAGUAAAUGUUGCUUAGAAAGC